AUGGGUGACAAAGAAAUCACGAAAAUAUGUAGUGUAGAAACUUUGGUGCCGUAUCAUGUGAACCUUCUCAAAUGCCAUUUAGAUAAUAACUGCAAACUCGAUGAAAUCACCCGGAGGUUUUGCUCAAAGUGUCGAUUAGACAAAUGCCUGGCCGUCGGAAUGAGACGGGACUUGAUAUUGAAUGAAGAGGAACGGGAGAUGAAAAGACUUAAGAUAUUAGAAAACAAAAAGAAAAAGGAUAACACUUUUAAUAGUAAUGAUGAAAGUCCUCAAUCAUUGAUACACUCAUCGCAGGAAACAUCGCACGGAAACCACAUCUCAAACACCAAUAAUAACACAAAUAAUGAUAUUUUAUGCGAAAUACUCGAUGACAACAAUUUCAGUGCCGAUGCUCUCAACCAACAGAUUAUGGACAUAGAGAGAACUGUUUCCAAAGAUUUCAUUGAUAAUAUUGUAGACAAUAGUUUUGAUAACACGAUAAAUGAUCAGCAAAUUGGUGUAUAUAAUAAUAAUUGUAAUGAAAUUAAUUCACAAUCCGGUUAUGUGUCAAACGAGACGAUCGAAAAGACCGUAGAGUUUAGUGUUUCGGUGAUACCUAUCGCGAGGCCUCUAAAUGAAUGCAACACUCGUUUCAAUGAAAUGGAAAUUUAUUUACUGAAAGAGAUGAAGACAUGCACUCAGCUUCUGGGGGCUCCGAUGAGCACUAACACUAAAUUCUUGGACACUAUGUAUGAUAUUCAUCAGUCAUUUACCACCAAAUAUGACACAUCCAUAAGAGAUCAAACAAAAGCUGUCAAAUGGUUGUCCGCAUUCAGAAAUAUUUGUUGUGAGGACCAGAUCUCACUACUGAAGUACGGGUGCUUUGAUAUCAUAUUCUUGAGGUCUAUCCUAUAUUUUGAUUACACAGAUAAUACUCUCAAAGUUCCCAUGCCGUACACUAAAUUUGUGCGAAAAAUGGCUACCAUUUGGGACACCGACAUCACUAUACUUGAUUUGAGAGGCUCAGAGGAAGAUUAUAAAGGAAGAAACGCCAAAGACUUUGAUUCCGCCACUUCUGGAGGAGUGAAUUUCAUCGUCAAGAAUAUAUAA